GCGGUUGGAGGUGGUUCGCUAGCCGCUUGUGCGUGCUGUCGCGUCGUUUGGACUGACCUCGGUGCUGCCGGUGGGCGUUUGGCGGGGUGUGGGCGCCAUGUUCCUCGCCGGCGGUGUGCGGCCGGGAGGACACGCCAUGUUCUGGAGCAACUAAGGAUUUACUGCUUUUCAGGACAUUCGUCGAAAAGGGCGCCUCCAAGUUUGGGAAUUGGAGCGAAUGCAGUCAGACUGGACCAAAGCACAAGCUCCCGAUCUUGGGGUAUUGAAGGGGCCACCGAAGGGCUUCCGCUGACCUGGGUUGACGGGUGGACUGGGCAGUGUUUACCGGCUAAGCCCGCGCCCCGCCCUCGGGCUAGGGCCCUGGCCCCCCGGCGCUGCAACUUCUGCCUGCCCCCGGUGCCCACAGCCUUUCUGGGAUUCGUAGUUUCUGCCCACGUCCCAGGACUGUUGCAGUUAAGAGUUCUAAUAAACACCUGUUUGGCGAGCAGUUGGUUUGUGCCAGCCAAUUUGCUCAGGACUUUGCGAACUGCCCCAUUUAAAAGCCUUUCAACACCUGAGAUAGUUAUUUGCCCUGAGUAUAGUCCACUGACAACCCAGGGAGUGGAUGGGAAAGAGUUCCCAGAGCCACACCUGGGCAGGUGGUACUUUAUCGCAGGGGCAGCUCCCACCGAGGAGGAGUUGGUGACUUUUGACCCUGUGGACAACAUUGUCUUCAACAUGGCUACAGGCUCUGCCCCCAAGAAGCUCCAGCUUCGCGCUACCAUCCGAAUGAAAAAUGGGCUCUGUGUGCCCCGGAAGUGGAUUUACCACCUGACUGAGGGAAGCACAGAUCUCAGAACAGAAGGCCGCCCUGACAUGAAGACCAAGCUCUUCUCCAGCUCAUGCCCAGGUGGAAUCGUGCUGAAAGAGUCGGGCCAGGGUUACCAGCGCUACCUCCUCUACAAUCGCUCACCACACCCUCCUGAGAAGUGCCUGGAGGAAUUCCAGUCCUUGACCUCCUGCCUGGACUUCAAGGCCUUCUUACGGACUCCCAGGAAUCAAGAGGCCUGCGAGUUGUCUAGUAACUGACCUGUGGCUUCAUCUGUGCCCCAGAUGGAUAUGGUGAGAGCUGCAUUUGUGCUGUGGGGGAGGAGAAGCUGGAGACUCCCAACUCCCUUUCAAGAGUAAUAAAGAUGAUUUUUCAAUCCUCA